AGGUCUACAGAAGACGUAUCACCACCGAACUUUUCAGAACGGAACAGUAGCUAUUAUGAACGUAGCAAUUCUCGUCUAGUUGCUGACACCGAUUCCUAUUUAAGACGUUCCAAUAGCAAUAAUACAAUUAGUAAUUAUCAAAGUAGCAGCAACAGCAGUAAUUCAACAUCAAAUUUAGACAACAGCCGUAGCCGAACAAGAGAUCGUGUAUACAGAAAUGGUCCAUAUGCGACAAUUGGUGGUUUGUCAUCAUCAUCAUCGUCUAGUUCCAAACACAAUAAUAACAAUCGUGUUCCGCCUGCGUCAUGGUACGAAGCUGCUGCGACGUAUACAAACGGUCCUGGUGGCAGUGGCAAUGCCGACGUCUCAGCAGCAAAUAUCAACAACCAUUAUCAAACUGCCGCCUCAACAGAUACGCAAGCAGCAACAGCAACACAAGUGUCUACAGCAAAUUCCUCAACAACAAACAAUCCCACUGCAUACAACGCAUACAACAAAUCUUCACCUGCCCACAAGAACAACAGCAAUUCAGCAAGUUUAUCGUCAACAGCAGCAGCGACGACAUCAUCGUCGUCGACUUCGUCGACAACUGCAGCCUUCAAUACACCACGAAACAAUUCAACGUUAUACGGCAACGCUGCAGGACACAACAGUGUUGGCUACUACCAUCAUCAUCAACAACAACAACAGAGAGGAGACAACAACGACUCAUCCGGCAUAGAAGGAAAUCUGUUGUUGUUAAAUAAAAAUAAACAUAAACUAUUGAAAUCCUGCUCCUCAUCAUCACGCAGUGGUUCAGCGUCACCAACAUCAUCAGCGGCAACGGCAGGAGUGGUGGCAUCAACAAUGACUUCAUCCUCGACAUCUGCCGCUUCCGCCGCUAAUACCACCUCAAAUUCUUCUAGUUGUAGUAGCAUUAGUAGUACAAUCAAUAGCAGUAAUACAAAUAAUCAUAACAAUAGUUUACUAGCAUCAGCGUCGUCGACUGCAGCACCAAAUGCAGGAGACAACAAUAGAAACGUUAGCGGGAUUCUAAAUGCCGCUGCGUUGGCGGCAGCCGCCUCAAAUGGCAGUUCAUCAACAGAUGGCGACCACAACCACCACCAACAACAUAAAAGUAGCAGUAGUAGUAGCAGCAAUAAUGUACAUUCAAAUUCUACAUCGUCGAAUGCCAACUCCUCCUCCUCCACUUCCAACAAUCCUUCAACAUCCGCCUCGCAUCAUACAUCGCGUGCUGCGGUCCAUGCGCAUUUGCACGGUCGCAGUACCACAUCGUCAAGUCGUUCGCAUUCCCGAUCACCGAGUAGCUAUAGUUCGUCACACAGUUCUUCCUCGUCGUCCUCAUCAACAGCCUCGUCACAUUCGCAUGCGUCGAGUCCGGUAGGAGGACGUGAUGUAGAGACGACCACCAGCUCAACUACAGCUCCGUCAAGUCGAGGAGGUUCGCGAAGCCUUCAAUCAGCUGUGGCGGUGCCAGGAACAUCGUCGGCUCUAAAUCCCAGUGGAUCGGCUGCCUGCAGCAGUAGCAGCAGCAGUUCGAGUUCUACUGGUUCGGGAACACCAUCCACAAAUCCAGUUGUACAUUCCGAAGACAAUCGGCCAUUGGCGAUACGGGUGCGUAAUUUGCCUGCGCGCUCCUCCGACACAUCACUGAAAGAUGGCCUUUUCCAUGAGUACAAAAAGCAUGGCAAAGUUACAUGGGUGAAGGUGGUGGGACAAAAUGCCGAACGCUAUGCGCUUGUUUGUUUCAAGAAGCCCGAAGAUGUCGAAAAAGCUCUAGAGGUUUCGCAUGACAAACUGUUUUUUGGCUGUAAGAUUGAAGUGGAACCGUAUCAAGGUUACGAUGUGGAGGAUAAUGAAUUUCGUCCAUACGAGGCGGAAUUGGAUGAAUAUCAUCCGAAAUCUACGCGAACCUUGUUCAUUGGCAAUUUGGAGAAGGAAAUCACAGCCAGUGAACUGAGACUCCACUUUGAGUGUUUCGGUGAAAUUAUCGAAAUCGACAUUAAAAAGCAAGGCAUGUCCGCCUAUGCAUUCUGUCAGUAUUCCGAUAUUGUGUCUGUGGUCAAAGCCAUGCGAAAAAUGGAUGGCGAACAUUUGGGUAAUAAUCGCAUAAAAUUGGGUUUUGGCAAAUCAAUGCCGACCAAUUGUGUUUGGAUCGAUGGUAUUGGCGAGAAGAUCUCUGAAUCGCAUUUACAGUCGCAAUUUUCGAGAUAUGGUGCGGUCAGUAAGGUGGUGAUUGAUCGCCAGCGCCAAUUGGCUUUAGUCUUGUACGAGCAAAUACAAUAUGCCCAGACAGCAGUGAAGGAGAUGAGAGGAGCAACAUUGCGUGGACGAAAAUUGCAAGUGGAUUUUGCAUCCAGGGAAUGCCAAGAUGCAUUUUAUGAGAAGUUGGAAAAGCAAGCUGCAGGAUCUCGUUUUAGCCGAUACGAAUCACAGUCACGUUCCCGCGCUUCAUCUUUCAGCCGACAUCAAAAUUCGAAUGAUGGCUGUUCGCCCAGUAAUACACCGGGUAGCAGCAGUAGUAGCAGUGCUGGUAUACCAUCUUCAGCACCAACACUAUCAUCCGCGAUUGUUGCCGGUUCGUCCAUUAAUUCCUCGUUAAACAAUCCAAGUGUUGGCACAUUGCCAUCAGUUGUGGGACAAACAUCGGGCAACACCACACCAGCUCGGAGUCGGGGAUCACGUAGUUCUCGUCACACAAUGGACUAUGAUUACAUCGACACACGAAGAUUUCGUUCGUACGAUGAAUACAGCCAAGGAUCGGGAGCUUCACAUGAUGAAGAUGCAAUAAUGUCAUCAUCGAAUCAUCCCAGCUCCAAUGCGUACAGUGGCAUCGGUUUGAGGUCUGAUUCACCGCUAUUGUCACGGCUGGGUCCAAUUGUUAACAACAGUAGUGGCAAAGAGUCCAAUAGUGAUAUGUUGGAGAUGGCUUUAAGUCGUCGACGUUGUGAUAAAAGUCCUGCAAAACAAAAAGGCGAUGUGCGAUUGUUUCAAAAAGAACGUGCCGUUUUGUUGGAACAGCUCGAAGAGUGCCCGUCCAGUGGUGAUGAAAGCAUAGUAAGCCCGCGCAAGCGUAUAAAAAUUGAUCAUCAUUCCAUUAAUUCCAGCAGUGGAUUGUCACAGUCUCAUUCGUUGGAAGAACAAACACAACAAAGCAAAAACUCAAACUGUGAUUAUCUUCUAAAUGAUUCGAUGCAUCGCAAGGGUGAAGUAAGAAGACUAUCCGAGUGCAGUAACAGUCUCAAUAAAUACCAACAAGCCGCCGCCAAUCAUCACCACCAUUCGUCGCACCAUUCAUUAAAUCCUCAUCAUCACCAUCAUCAGCAACAACAACAUCAGUUGAGUCGUCGACCGUCCAUUGAUUAUAUGGCGACUGGAGGGGGUGGUGGUGGAGGGUCUAGUGCCAGUAUAGGUGGUAAUCUAUCGACAAGACAUGGUAGUACAAGUAGUUCAAAUAGUGAUCAUCACCUGCCACCACAUCAGUCAUCGUCCUCUUCGUUGGCAUGUAAACGGAGACGGGUCGUUGGAAGUGGAAGUGGUAGUAGUGCUCUGAGUACAAAUGCCGCUUUACUUUCAUCUGGCUCAAGUGGCAGUGCAAACCUAUCAUCGUCGUUUGCCGGUGGGGAUGAUUUCCAUCAUCAUGCGUCCCGGGGUCGCGGUCAUCAACUACAUUCCCAUCACUCCCAUGAAGCUAGCGGCGGAGAAAGUGCUGAUGGCUCAAGACCGGGUACACCACUGUGCGAUGAAAGACCCGAAGUUCUACCUAGUGAACCGCGCAGAGUUCCACGUGAAAGACCUCGUGAGCCAAUGGUACUGCCAUUGCCCAAAUUUGGCAUUCAGUUCUUUCAACAACAUCGCACCAGCAAUGCAUCCGCGUCGUCCACCAGUAUGGGUGCGACGUCGUCAUCAUCGUCGUAUCAUCAUCACCAUAGUGGUAGUAGUGGUUUUACAAGCUCUUCAACAGCUGCUGCUGUUGGUAGCACCAACUCCGGUAGUAGUUCACACAUGCUUUCUAUAACAUCGGCAAUAUCCUCUUCAGCAGCAACAACAACCGGAUUGCCAAUGGGCUCAUCGGCACCAACAGCAUCAUCGUCGUCAUCAGGUGGCGGUUGUUAUUUGCCCAGUCCUUCGUCUCGAUAUCCGCCCUGGCGGCAACAUCAUCACCACCACCAUCAUCAUGGGAGCAGCGGCCAUCAUGGUGGCGGCGGUGCUACACCCUCUUCUUCAUCAUCAAUGGUUAGUCCCAUGAGGUCACGUUCUCUCAGCUCCAAUUCCAGUGAUUCUGAUGUAACUGGCCAAGCAAGUGGCAGCCCCUCAUUAGAAGAACGUAUACGUACUUUGGAUGAGUGGUAUGAGCGCUGGUCAGGCGGCAGCAGUUCAACGGCGCCCGGAUCGAACGUGGUAAAACGCCACGAUUUCGGGAACACACCACCAACGUGGCAACAUCAUCGUUCGGGUGAUGUACGGCCAAGCAGCAGUGCUACACCAUCAACUCCCGCCAGUCGUCACAAGUUUCUUGACAUCGAUGUCAAGGAGAUACAACCGUCGGAGAUUGUCAAAUCGGUUUUGGCCAAGAAAUCGAUAUUUGACGAUGAUCUGCAGCGUUUAAAGAAAAACCAUUGGUAUGAACCAUCGACCGAUUCUUCUCAACUGGCGAAGAAUGCUGUGGGUGUUUGUACAUCACCGGGGCUGCCAAAUCUGCAGGCCACCAAAACGCCGGUAGUGGGAUGUACGACUACAAGCACCUUGCCAAUGUCAUCGGUGGGGAAUACCACGAAUAAAGCAUCUGCUGGUGGCCUAUUGCAACGUUUAACAAGCCUGUCGCCGAUGAAUUCACCUCAGGCCUCGAUGUCACCGUAUCACAGUCCAUCCAUGUCUCCAUCUGUCAAUAGUGUAUCCACUCUGUCCAGUCUACAAACAACAAAAACUACAACUGCAAGUAGUGGUAGCGGCAGCGGCAGCAGUAGUGGUGGAAAUGCAAUGGCUUCGCCUUCUCCUGUUGCUGCUGCAUCCGGCGGCAGUAAAUGUUUGCAAUAUCCAUUCCCGACACAUCCGCCACUGCCAAACACAGCAGCUCCAUCGCCCAAUAAUCAGCCAAUACCACCUCCGCCUGCAGAAACGUCGAAACCACCUCCCCUGCCUCCUAUGGAAGUCCAUCAACCACCUCAACCUCCACCAGUAACUGCAGCCUCGUUGACGUCGGCGACAUCGUCUGCGCAGAACACGACGGCGAAUGUUACUUCAAAGCCAAAGACAGGAACGCCAACACUAUCAAAAAGCUUAAGUGUUCCAACGGCGGCCGCUGGACCUGCAGCAGCGCCAGUUCCCUCCUCUGAGACGCCUCGUACCCUUACCAAAUCAGUAUCAGUUCCUGGCAGUACAAAUAUGGGAACAAUAAAAACAACAGCCGCUGCACCUACAGUUUCUUCCACUACGGAACAAAAGCAACAGCAAAAAAUGCAAACCGGUAACAGUUCCUCCACUGCUGAAUCGUCGUCAUCGUCAACAAGUAAUCCAACUACGGCUACCACAAUGUCCGAAUCAACAACGACUGGUGGCGGUGGUGGUAGUAAGCGUAGUGACAAAUCGCACAAACACAAUCACCGCAGCAGUGAUGACAAGAAGUCGUCCUCGUCUUCGUCGUCCUCGUCUAAAAGCGACAAACGAAAAAAUUCCAGCUCAUCUCAGUCACAAAUCUCGCAAGUUUCGGCUGCGGAAUCAAGCGAUGUCGACGACCGAGGAGAUUUCGAACAUCGCAAAGAUCGUGAAUCUUCGAGUCGUUCUGAAAAGCAAAAGGAACGCCAAGAAAAGCGUGAAAAGGAACUGAGAAAACAACAGGAGAGGGAAGAGCGUGAACGUGAAGAGCGGGAGAGGGAAGAACGUGAACGCAUUGAAAAGGAGUUGCAGAAAAAAGAACGCAAUGAACGGGAACGUUUGGAAAGAGAGCGACGUGAACAGGAGGAGCAUGAACUACAAAUGCAACGGGAAAAGGAACAACGUGAAGAAGCUGAGCGAAAAUUAAAGGAACAGCAGCAAAGAGAGCGUGAAGAACGUGAACGGAAGGAGCGUGAAGAGAGAGAAAGGAAAGAGCGUGAAGAACGCGAACGGAAGGAGCGUGAAGAGAGGGAAAGAAAAGAACGUGAAGAACGCGAAAAGAAAGAACGUGAAGAACGCGAAAGACGUGAACGAGAGGAACGUGAAAAACGCGAACGUGAAGAACAAGAAGAGCGACUACGGAAGGAGAGAAAAGAGCGUGAAGAGAACGAGCUGCGUGAAAAAGAGAAACUCGAGCGCCAGCGUUCAAGAGAAGAAAAAGAACGUGAGCGCAAGUCACAUGAAGAUAACGCCGCUACUAACGAAAAACAACGAGAUCCUCACAGCUCAAAGGAAAGUUAUCGUAGAAAAGUAGAAACCCCAGCAGGUGGACAAACGACACCUUCCCAUCAUCAAUCCGAUCAUUUUCGACAUGGUGAAUCGACAGAGAAACCAAAAGAAAAUACAGCAUCCGCUGAUGAGCCUAUGGACUCUGUUUCGACUGCUGCUGUAACCGCUAGCAGUGGUAAACAUAAAAAUCGCAAAACUUCACGUAAUACAUCGCCCGUUCGCCAUCCCAAGCGAAGACUUAGCAGUCAGGAUAGUAAUGCCAGCAACUGUGGUGGCAACACCGAACCCGGGGAUGCCCAUGCAGAGGACGCGAAACGUAUGCGUAUUGAUACACAAUCAACUACGUCCAAUCAGACGACCCACAGUCACGUUACCAAUAACCACAAUGCAAGUAGUAGUGCUAUGGUCAACGAAAGACGCGAGUCCAAAGAACAACAACAAUCACAACACCAUCACAGUAAAGAUAGGAACAAUAAACACAAUCGUUUGUCCUCAUCAUCAUCAUCGAGUCACAGAAGCAGUUUGGUUAGUACCUCCGACAAGGAGCACAAUUCAAAGCACCAUCGCAGCAAUAAACAUCAUCACAAACAACAGCAACAACAACACCAGCAGCAACAAUCGUCAUCAUCAUCCUCUCAGGUUGAGCAAAGUAAUCCAACCGGGGGUGAAGCUGCGGAAGUGGUAAAUACAACUUCAAUAUCGGAAGUUGAAACAGUCGCAACGCCAGCAGCAGCUAAAGCCGAAGAUGAACAAAACACAUCUGAUCAUGAAAUGGAAACGAAAUGUAAAACCGCUUCGUCAGACGACGAGGAAACAGGGACAGCCGGCAGUCAUCACCAUCAUCAACACAGUUCCACAAAUAAGAACACAUCAGGAAGUGGUAGUGGUCACAAACAUAAGGAGCAUGGCAGUGGCGGUAGUGGUCAUCAUAGUCGUCACAAAAGUAGCAAACGAGAUCGUGAUCAUCACCGAGAAAAGAAACGCCAUUCAACUCCUGGUGGUUUGGCGGCGACGACACAACCGGCAAAUUCAACAGCAAAUACUGAGGCUCCGAUAGGCAACACUCAAUUGCCUGUGCAGUCGCCGACAACAGCAGCACCAUCAUCCAAUAUUAGUAAUGUGGCAACUGAUGAAGAACUAAUGCCGUCACUAGAACCCCAUGUGGUGGCUCAAAGAAGAACAUCGUCGAAUAACAGCAGCAGUACGAUGACGGCGGCGGCGGCGGAAACACAAUCAAAAUCCCACAAGAGUGAACAUGGUGGCACAACCGAGCCGCAGCAACAAGGUAGACAUUCACGUGGUUCCGAAGAACCACCACAGACACCAACUAGUCGCCAGCAGUCUUCAUCCGGCUACAACAAGAGCACACCCCAGUCGGGAUCAAGAAAAAUGCUACUUAGCUCAGCCGAAGACACCGACGACGACGACGAUGAUGAUGAUUCGGAUUUCAUGAAUAGAAAACAUUCAAUAUUCGAUAUACCAGAUGAGGGGCCAUAUGUUUCAAUGUACGACAAGGUAAAGGCAAGAUCUUGCAAAAAUAUGCAAAAGCAAGAGGAAGAGAAAAAGAUCAAGGCGAAAUUCUGUCAAUUGAAACAAUCUCGAGCCAAGAGGGAAGAAAAGAAACGUUCCACCAGCUAUGAUGGUGAUUCCGAUUCAGAUUUCGAUAACACCGGCGACACGUCGUCACAUCAUCAUCGCAGUUCAUUUAAGAUGCACAGCGGAGCUUUAACCUCGACAGAUGAUGAACAUGAUCAUCAUCACCAUGGCCACAAAUCACCCUGUGAUGGCGAAAGAAGACGAAAUUCUCAGGCCUCGUCCUCAGCUGCAUCAAAUCACGCCAACCGUCUGUGCUCGGAUUCCGAUGACUCCGAAGUGCAGCGCCGCUUAAAACUGCAAGACAAUAUCCGCAAAUUGUGCGAUGUUGACGAUAGCUCUGACGAUGAUCUGAUACGUCGCAAUAGCACAAGUGGUGGCAGUAAACGACUGCUCCAUCACACAUCACGUAUAGCAUCCGAUUCUGAGUCCCAAUCACAGCCACCGUGUGACAUCAAAUUGAAACAAGAACCCAUUGAAAACGAUGGCGACACCUCCACACCAAUUCUCAAACAAAUGAAAUAUAAAAUCAAGAAGGAAGUAAUAGACACACAGAUGCACACAUCGGCACAUGCCAGUGCCAUUGAAUCAUCCGAUUUUGAUGACAUCAAACCGAAACAUUUGAAUUUACAUCGCACGGCCAAUAGUAUCCACAAUGAUGGCGGCGGUAGCGGUGAUGCAUCGAUAUUGGCCAGCAUUAAAACCGAAAAUGAAGAUGUCGUCCUCACGGCCAGCGAUAUUAAAAAGGAAUAUAAAGUAUUUUAUGGUGCCGAGGGUGCCGUGAGUGGCAGUGGUGAUUAUAAUAUUGAAUCAUCUGAAGAUAAGUUCCAAAAAUCGGCAUCGGCGGCAUCAGCAGCAUUUCAUUGUUCGCCUGAGCAUGGCAAAAUUAAGAAACACAAAAAGAGUAAAAAACGACAAAAGACACCAACACAGGACUCGGGUGGAGGAAUGGUUGCACCACCAUCCGCCAAGGAAGCAAUUUCCUCAUCUGUUGUGGAUAUGCUUAAAAGUUCUGUCACAACAAAUACUGUUCACGGCAGCAGUGAUGGUGAAACAUCCACCACGACGACGACGGCAACCACAUCAAACAAUGCAAAUAAAAAUGCCAGUCCACAAAAUGUGGCCGCCAAACAUUUGCCAUCUUCUCCCAAUUACGAUCCAUUUGAUGAGCUAAAGAACUCUGAGCCAAUGAAUAGCAACAGCCAUAUUUCAAUGACAGAAGCAACUGCGCCACCCGGCAGCGUUGCCGCCCUUGGUGAAAAGAAACGCCACAAGGAUCGCAAGGAAAAGAAACGGGAGAAACUACGCCACAUGAGUGCCGCGGCCGAUGUUGGCCAGGGUAUUGAAAUGGAUAAACUUUACGAAAAGGAAAAGCAUCAUCGCCUCAAAAAGUCCAAGAAAUCCAAGAGCCUAGACAUGAUUCGCCAAUCGGCAACUACACAAAGUGGUGCCGUAAUGCAGAAUAUGCAAAUUACUGGUGGGUCGGCUUCACCACCCACAAGUGGUGGUGGUGCUGUAGAUGGUUUUGCAACUUCCCAGCAUAAACAACGCAGUGGUGGCGAAAAGUUGGAAGACAUUUUUGGUCCCAUAUCCGAUGAGGAAGAAGAAAUGACAGAUAGUGACAUUGGUGCCGGUCGAGAUUUGAAUUGUCUAUCGAAUCGUAAUGCCCUAACGGCCAAUAUGACCGGGCCCAUUGUUUCGGCUGCUUUGAAUCCCUACAAACAAGAACCUCUAACACCAAAAUCCCACACCGUCGAAGAAAAUGAGGAGAAUAAACAAAAAUGUCCUGCAUUAAGUGGUGGUGGCGGCGGACAAUCUUCGCACAUGGAAAGAUCUGUGGAGCGACAGCAUCGCAAAGAGAAGCGGGAGAAGAAACGUAAGGAUCGUGAGAAAUCACGCAACUCUGUUACCAGCAGCAGCAGCACAAAUACACCUGCCAAACCAUUAGAAGAUGAAAACAGUGUGGACUUGGAUGCAGCUGGUCGGGCUCUUGAAGCCCAACUAAUGGAAGACUCCGAUAACAAGAACACCGAGGACGCAACUCCCUCAACGGCAGCAACUUAUCGCAGUGAUAUGACCGAUGUAUUCCGUUUUUCGGAUGGUGAUGAAAAUUCACUGGAAGUGACUGCUGGUGGUUGUUCAGCGGUGGCUGCGGCCACUAAACAUGACAAUCGAGAAGUGAGUGCAGUGCAGCAGGAUAAGGAUCAUGUGGCGGCGGCGGCAGGCGGCAGUAGUAGUGGCAUGAAAACCAAAAAGAAAAAGAAGAAACGUUCCAAGGAAGAGAAACAAUUGCAUCAUCAGCAGCGAAGAGAAUCUUCAUCUUCGAAUGCAUCUCAACAUACUACAGCAACCGGUUCCUCCGCAGCUUCCUCUUGCAUUAAUCCACCUGCAAGUACUACUAGCAAAUUGACCAUUGAUAUAGCUGCAGCCAAUAAGAAUUCCCAAAAAUUGGCCAACGAAGAGCAUAACGAACAGGGAUCAUCGUCUAAAUCCUCGCCCCUAUGUAAACCGUCACCCAGCUUGCCCUGUCUCAUUGGGGAUGAUGAUGACGAGGAAAUGUUGCCACAAUCGCAAGCCAAAUCAACAGCCGAUUUGCUUUCUCUCUCGCCACACUUGAGGGAUAAACAAAUGAUUAGCCCCAUACCAAAAACUCCAACGAUAAGCAAUACCAGUGGCCUUAAUUCAAUGGAGAAUAUGAAAAAAUUAACACCAACAACUCCUACCUCAUCCACUGCAAUGGAAAGCACCAGCAACAGUACAACACAACAUAACACCAACAAUGCCAUUACCACAACACCAAAGUCUUCCAAUGGAAAUGUUGCUGGCCCCGGAGCUACACUACUCCUCAGUACAUUGAAUAAAUCAACUGAUUCCAUUACCUCAUCAUCCUCGUCGGCAACUGCGAUGGCAACGGCAACCUCAACAUCGAUUGCAAUGGCUUCACCCACCAGCGCCGUCACUACAACGACGCCGCUGGCUUCUUCUUCAAUGCCCACCACCACAACAACGACCACGCAGAAGAAAAAGCCCGACAUUUUCAUACCCGGUUUUGAUGGAGAAAUCGAUGAAAAAAUUAGUGAAUCUGCGGUUCAAUCCAUAUCGGCUGAAUUUAAUCCGCCACUAGAUCCCACAGCAGAUGAACCAAAAAUACCAGUGGAAUCACCACCGGAUGCUUCGAAAUUGGAAAAACUCGAAGAGUCCAAAUCGCGUGUAACCAUAUCCCAGGAGGAAACCGAAAGUGCGGUAUCUGCCUUGUUGGGCGAAAGCUUUGGCAAUUCCUCGGCUGACUAUUCCUUCGAUGAUGAUGUACCUUUGGAUGAUUUGAAUAGUGUCAGUGCCGAACCUGAACCGGCUAUGAUGGCACCUGCUGAGCCCGAUGAGGAAGCUGCUCUUGCCGCUAAGGCAAUCGAAUGUGAAGUCGAGAGUAAUGCCGUAACAGAUGGCAUUGUGGAAGACACCGAUGCCGAAGAGGUGUGCAAAGCCAUACAGAGCCUGAGGCAAGAAGAAUUGGAGCUGAAAUCGGCGGAUACGCCACAAUCUGUACGUGAUUUACAAAUCGAUACCGAUACCGAAGAAAAUGCCGAUGAGGCUGACAGCAGUGGCAGUCAUCAUAGUUUGAAAAUUGAUGAGACUGCCCAAUCUAAUAAUAGUUCUUCGGUGUCGGAGAAGGCUCAGAAUAACAAUGGCUCAUCGAUGUUGUCAGAUAGUCAUGGCGAUAAUGAGCAGCAACAACAACAUCAAUCAUCGGUUAUAACAAAAAUGGAAGCAAAUGUUAAUUUGGCACAAAUUUCGCUGAAUAUUGAACCAAAACUGGAACCACCAACCAUAACGAAACAAGAUCAGCCAGCUGUACAACCAGUGCAAUCAGUAAUACCUGUCACCACUAUGGAGACAGUCACAUCUGUUGUGGUUAGUUCGGUGGGAACUUUGAUGUCGUCGUCCUCCUCCUCCUCGGUGUCCACAACAUCAAUGACGACAAUGACGACGACGACACCAGCAGCGACUACAACAAUAUCUUGUACAUCUACACCCAUCAAGACGUCAAUUACAUUUGCUCCCUCUGCAACGACAUCUUCAACACCAAAACAACAACAGUCGGCUCAGGCUCAGCCGCAAUCGCCACAGGGCGCUAUUAUUAAACCCUUGUCAUUGCCACCGCCAACAACAAUUUCCUCCAGCUCCACGGUGGUAUCGACAGGGUAUGUUAUGCAGCCUCCAACAAUAAGUAUACCCGAGCCACAUUUCGUUGUACCCCACAUGGUAUUAUCACCACGUGGCGGCGUGGUCACCACAAAUUUACACGAUUCGUCGGGUUCUUCUACGUCCUCGACGUCGUCAAUACAUUCACCCCAAUCAUCGUCUGCAAUGCAAAUGCCACCACAAUCACCAAUUGGCACGGCGGCCUAUUUAAUGGGUAUGCGAGCUCAAUCGCCGCAUAGUCCGCGUAAUACUUCGCGUGGUAAUACACCAACACCAAGACAGCAGAGUCCACAUACACCCACACCACCGCCGCCGGCUGUUACAAUUUCUUCAAUGGCAUCGCAACAUCAGCAUAAUAUCCUAAUACAAAGGGCAAGUUCGGGCAUGCAUCAUCAUCAUCAUUCACAGAUGUCUCCUAAUAACUCGCAUCAACUGGUGGUGACAGCCCAUCCGGGUGGUGUAACAAUGAACAGCCCCAUGGCAAGUCCUAAUUCCACACAAUCACCACGACCUCAACAUUUGCUGACCUCAUCAUCCACUACCGCUACUCUACAGAAAAUGCCCUCACACAGUUCGCCAGGUGGCGGUGGCACUCCAGCAGAGCCUCAUAUGAUCAAGAUAAACAAUUACUCAACGCCACCAAUGCAUACUGCAAAUGUGGUUAGCAUUCGAAUACCACCACCUCAAAAUGCCCAAAAUCCACAACAACAACAAUGUUCACCCCAGCAGCAACAACAUCAGGGUUCGGCGGCAACCUCACCACAUGCAACAACAAUGUCUGGUGGCAAAACUGUAAUCGAACAGCAACAUCCACAUCCUCCCAUUGGCCAACAUAUUUUACCAAUAUCGGUACAAAAAAUGGCUCCAGUUCCCACACAUCCUACAAUAAUCAGCAAGGUUGUGACGGUGACACCCCAGCAAGCUCAGCAAUCGACAAUACCGCCUCACAGUCCUGGUGGUGGUUCUGGUGUCUUACACAACCAACAAAAUUCACCAAAAUCAUCAUCAACGACAGUAUAUUCACCUCCGCCGCCACAAUCGCCAAGUUCAAGGCAUUCACCACAAAUUAUACAGCAAAUGGGUGGCAAUAUUGCUGCGCAGCAGCCGCCGCAGAGUGUGCAAGCCCAAAUACAAAUGAUACAACAACGUCAACAGCAGCAGCAGCAACAACAACAGCAACAGCGUCAACAAAUGCAUCAGCAUAUAAUGCAAAUGCAGCAUCAACAAAUGUUCCAUCAACAGCAGCAGCAACAUCAAAAAAUGCAGCAGCAACAACAGCAAUAUGCGGCGGCCACUCAGCAGCAUCAGCAACGUGGUCACAUGAAUUCGCAGCAGCAACAACAACAGGCGCAGCAUUUGCAACAUACCCAAGCUCCACAACAGCCAACAAUGCAUCAGUUGCAAUCGCAUCAAAUAAAAACACAACACCACUAUCAGCAGCAACUAAUGCCAUCGGCUCCCUCACCCCAACACUCGUCGUCCUCGUCACAGGCUUCAUCAGCCACAAACCACCAGCCAACAACAACCAAUCAGCAUGGCCAACAGCAGCAGCAAAAUGUUAUUCAGACACCACCCUCAACACCCCAGCGCUUUUUAGUGCAGCAACAUAUUCAACAGCAACUUCAUAUGCAUACGUUGCAACAAUCGCCCAACUCAGUGGGGGGUGCUGGAGGACAACAACAACACCAACGACUAGCCUCUUCACAAGAAACAAUAGCAUCAUCUGUUGGUGGUGGCAGCAUUACGGAAACUAUUUCGCGUGUCAUAGUUUCGACACCACAAACAACGGCGGCUACGAUUCCAUCCACUGCCGCCAACAGCAACCCAUCGUUGUCAACAGUUGGUAGUGAUAAUAGUGGUUCUGGAACAGCUCAAGGCUCAUCUCAACAACAGAGACAAGCUGAAAAUGUUUCCGUGAUUCGGACACCCACUCCAACAAAUACGGGAAUAUCAACUGGCGGGGCACCAACAACAAUAACCACGUCAACACCAACCAUUGUGGCACCCACCCCCACCACCACCACACAAGCUACCAAAGAAUCAUCAACAACAAGUGCCCUGGUGGCAUCCAGCAAUAAUAACAUUACAGCAAAUACAUCGGCCGUCGAAUCGGCUUCAAAUCCUACUCCUCAGCAUCAUAGCUCAAUAACAAGAUCCUCACCCAUAACAGCUGGGGCUGCUGCAGCUACAGCCGCGGCUGCCCCUCUGACCGAAGAGAAUAUUAUUAAAAUAUCUCCACCCAAACAAGAUGAAAUUGAACAGGAUUCCAAAGAGGAUAGCGACUAUUGGUCAGCCAAAGAGUUGAAUGUGGUGGAGCCAAAUGUCAGCAAUAGUAGCAGCAGCAGCUUGGCAGCAGCCACAACACACAGCGUUAUUAAGAAAAAUGAUAAUGCAACAGCAGCAGCAACCACCACAACAUCUGUGGUAACAUCUCCAACAACAACAACGGCUUCCACAGCAGCCAACACAGCCAUGGCCAACAAGCAACAACAUCAUGAGGACACAAAAGAUGCCUCAAAUACUCUAGCUCCGAAAUCAUCAUCGUCUGGUACUGAUUUGUUGACAGCAAAAUUGAAUCAUGUGGAUGCUGCUGCAGAACCGCUUACAACUACGGCUCCGGCUCCUCCAACUACAUCAACAGGCUCAUUCAAUGCCCAACAUUCGGUUAGCAGCUCUUCUACGACAACGACAACAGUCAAUACCGAUCAUGAUACCGAGGAUGAAACGGAAACUCAACAAAUGCCAGUAUUUGAACAGAUUUCCGUACAAGGUAGACCAAAUACACGAGGUGGCACGGGAGCCAAGCGGGGUCGACAACCUAGAGGUGGUAAAAAGGCAGCAGCGGCAACUGUUAUUCCACCUCCAGCUACAGUUGGAGCCCAAGCUAGCACUGCUGCCAAUCAAAUACAAGACUCUGGAUCACAACAAAGCCAAACAUCAGGCGGAGGAGUUCAGACACGUUUAAGGAAACCAAAUGCCGCAACACCAGCUACCAGAGGACGUAAAGGUAGGCCACCAAGGAAUUUGUUAUUGCAACAGCAGCAGCAACAACAGCAACAAGAGCUACAGGCCCAAUCGGCGGCGACGACGUCUGCUGCUGCCUCUAACGCAACAGCAGCUACACAGCCCCCUGGACCAACGAUUUUAACAGCUGCCGAAAAGAAAGCCAGAAGUCAAGCAGCCUCAGCUGCAGCAACAUUGGCUUCACUUUCUGAGGUACACCAUCAACAGCAGCAGCAACAACAUCAACAACAAAAAACCGAUAUUUAUGAAUUCCAUGAUGAUUCUGGUGAAGAAAGUGGAAAAUCUGCAUCCAGCUCCUCAGUAACAGCUAGUAGCUUAGUCAGUAGUGGCGGUGGCGGCAGUGGUGUUGAUAAUCGUCCACGCCUGAUUUUGACCAUAAAAAGUCCACAUAAUCCAACACCUGUGGUUAAGACUAGCGAAAAAUUGGCCAAUGAGCAGCAGCAGCCACAGCAACCAACAACAAUUGUUGAGCAACAACAACAUCAGGCAGAAGGCCAGGCCACUGCAACAUCUGUAACCGAUAACGAUUUGAAUUCCCUUGCCAAUAUAAGGAAAUCACGUCGAUUAUUGGAGAAAGAUCGCAGUACCAUUGAUGAUAUCAUCGAAGAUGUGGUGCGAAAUACACCACAACAAUUGUUGGGAGCGACUAAUGCACAACCGGCGGCCCUCCAACAGCCUCAGACAGCAAAUAUAUUGGCGAAUGCUUUGCCAAAGGGAGCUCAAACACCACCCAGAAGAUCGGGUCGUACAUCUGCCUCUGGUGGUGGGGCUCAGCCUAAGGGAGGUAAAAUCACUGAAACGCAAGCCACAGUUGGCACCGGAAAUGCCAUUGGACGACCCCGAAAAUCCAAAGAUCGCAAGAGCGUUAACGAUUUGGAUAGCAGUGAUCAUUCGGUUACUUCGCCUCAACCCUCUAAGGGGGCGGCUGCUGGUGUUGUUCAUGAAAUUGUGGAUUUGGAUGAUGGUAAUACCUCAGAGAAUAGUUUCAAAUCGGACGAUAAACAACAGGCGCCACCGCCAACAUCUUCAUCAGCGGUGGUUUCUUCAAUGCCAAGCCCGCAGACAACUGCAACAGUUUCAGUGACACCGCACACCACCAACACCACAACAGCAGCACCGAGCAGCAGCGGCGGCACAAUAAUACCACAACAUCCGAAAAAGAAGGCCUUGGCUGCAGCCGAAAUUGAGUCGUAUCAGACUCAAGGAUCAUUAAGUAAUCCAAAUAUACACUCAGCUCUGCCAUCGUGUGGUGGAGUUCCAAUGCUGAAUACGGCUGCUCCAGCCUCACAGAAAACUACCGGUGGUGCCGCUGCAGAUUCGGUUAAUAAACCUGUCAUCGAUACCAACACUGCUGGUAUUGUGCCCGGCCAGCAACAACAAAUGCCACAGGCUAAGGCCGGUAAUUUGCCAUCAGCUACCGCUGCAGCUCAGCCACAACGUCCACCUUUGGAUCCCAAGAAAAUGAUGCAAGCUGCAGUGGCUGCUGCCGCCGCUGCAUCAGAGGUUGGUAAUAGUGUGACGAUCACAAAUAAAUCGUUGUCGUCAACACCACCCACAACAAUGACCCAGGGAUCGGUGGCGACACCAAUAACUGCUCUCACAAAACCAGUUCAAGUAGAGAGUGCCACCGCAGCAGCUGCGGCAGUAGCAUCAUCAUCCUUGACCAGCGCCUUACUUAACAAAUCAUCGGUAAGUGUUGUGGUCAAGACGAAUUCGGCAAUACCCCCACCACAAAGCACCACAGCGGCGACUCAUGUCAGCAGUCAACAAAGUGGUGCAACAGCCCAGCAGCAGCAACAAUCUUCCAGACCUACAGAAAUGUCAACAUCGUCGUCGUCGACACCAACCAAACAACCCAUUAUUAUGCAACAGCAAACACCAUUGGUUAUGCAUGCUCAGCAUACAAAUGUAAGGCCGCCAACAAGUUUGAAGGCCCAUGUGUUGAAUAGUCAAAAACUGCAGCUGCAGCAGCAACAACAGCAGCAGCACAUAUCCGGGGCACAACAACAUCAGCCACAACAUCACCAGCAGUUGCAUGCUCAGCAGACACCAUCGAAACAACCACAAAUGUCCCAACAACAACAUCAUCUUAUUGCCCAUCAACAACAGCAACAAUCAGGAGCUGUACAAGCACCUCCUCCUCCGCAGGGACAUGUCAUACAAUCGAAUAUUGUACAACGCCAGCAGACACCUCCACAAACCCAAAUGCCACCAACCAACAAACAACCACUGUUGGUCAAUAUUCCCCCACCCACAACACAACAUUCACCCCAUACCACGACGACGGCAACAAGUACCUUGAAUUCACCCAGGAUGCAGUCGCAACUUCAGCAGCAGGCGCAGGUGCAGCCCACACCACCCCAACACCAACAGCAGCAAUCGAUUAUCAUCAAACAAGGAGAAGAAUUACAUCCAUCACAAAUAUUGCAUGUGGUUAGUUCCAAGGCCGCGCCACCAACACCAAAUAAAAAUGCCAUGCCCGCUGGUAUGAUGGCUUCUUCCUCCGCUUCGCCCUCAUCAGCUGCAGCAGCAGCUUCAAUGCAUUUAAUGCCACAGGCGGCAGCAGUGGCUGUUGUUAAACCCUUCAAUCCGUAUUUGCAACAGAGUCAGGCAUCAGUUCAUCAACAGCAGCAGCAUCAGCAUCUACCAAUUGUGACCCAUCAACAAAUCUUGGCUGCAGCCCAGCAGCAACAAAAAGGAAAUACCACCACAUCAUCAUUGGUAUUGCCACCGGGAUUAAUGGGUCUGGGACAGCAUCCUGCAAUGGUGAUACAAACCAAAACAUCUGGCCCACCCGCCCAAUCAGCAUCGCCAUCAUCAACGAUAGCGGCAACAACAGCAGGGGGAACAACGGCCUCCUCCGUGGCUCUCAGUCAUUUGCAGCAGCAGCAACAGCAGCAUGUAUCUCAGCAUACACCAUCACCACCCUUGCAGCAGCAAGUUCCACAUUUAGCCAAAGCACCACCGACCAAUCCAAUGCUACAUAGUUUACAGACUCAAAGUGUGGCACGAGGUGUUCUCAGUGCUGUUGGCUCGCCACCACCAACAUCGCAACAGCAUCAACAACAGGCUGGUGGAAAACCAUCACCUCAGUCAGCAACAAAUGUUGUUGGAGGUGCCGGCAAUUUACGUACAACAGUUCCAACAAUGAGUCCUCAAAGUCAGGCAAGGUUGGGAACGAUUUUGAUGCCUGGUGGUAUACAAGUGCCACCGCACUUCGAAGCCAAUCUGAAUGAUGCCACCUUUGCUGGAGGACCACUACGUACCGUGCCAACACGAGAACAUCUUAUGAUUUAUCAGCAAAUAUUGCGGCAACAUGAUCCGUCCGUCUUACGUGAAUACGAUGAACAAUUGUUGGGCAGUAGUCCGCCAUUGGAAUUGAGAAGACCCAGCAGUGUGCCGCGAACAGUGGCUGUGCCGCACAGUCUACAAAGUCCACAGGAUAGAGCAACAGAUUCACCUCAAGUUGCCCAGGUUUAUGUACAUAAUGCCCGACUACCCACCCAUGCCCAUUACGAUGUUGCCGGCCGUCCCACAGCUGCUGGGGCACCACCUCCACCCUCUGCCUAUUAUGAUCCUACCAGACAGCUAACAUUGGAACCGCCACCAGCUCAUCGAUCUGCAACUGCUCAUAGUGUGGUUGCGCCCCCGCCAACUGUAGUGGUGCCGCAUCCAUCUGCCGGCACUAGUAGUCCAUUUAUGCCUUCUGCCCCGCCAGCGACAAAUGUUCAACCUGUCCCCUUGACAGGUGGAGCAGCAAUGCAUCAUUCCAAACAAUUGUUGGAACGUGAAAGAGAACAACGUGAGCGUGAACGGGAACAACAGUUAAUGCGUGAAAAGGAACAACAAAUACUCGUUAGAACAGGUGAUGCCCAUAAUAUGCAGGUGACAGCGGUCCCAUCAACAUCUACCCAUCAAUUGGUGGCACCACAUCCCGCAGUGGCACAUGCUCAAGUUCCACCACCACCUCAAGCUGAUUCACUGUUAACAUUGCUGCAACGCUAUCCGGUUAUGUGGCAAGGUUUGUUGGCUCUGAAAACCGAUCAAGCUGCCGUACAAAUGCAUUUUGUCUUUGGUAAUCCACAUGUGGCACGAGCCUCCUUGCCCUGUAAUAGUGAUGGCAGUACACCGCCGUUGCGCAUAGCUCAGCGUAUGCGUUUGGAACAGACCCAGUUGGAGGGUGUUGCUAAGAAAAUGCAGUUUGAAAAUGAACAUUGUAUGCUGUUGGCCCUGCCCUGUGGUCGUGAUCAUGCCGAUGUCUUGCAACAGUCCCGAAAUCUACAAUCCGGAUUUAUAACUUAUCUGCAACAGAAAAUGGCUGCCGGUAUUGUGAAUAUACCAAUGCCCGGUAGUGAACAGGCAGCCUAUGUGGUACACAUAUUCCCAUCAUGUGAUUUUGCCAAUGAAAAUCUUGAGAAGGCAGCCCCAGAUCUAAAGAAUCGUGUAGCCGAUAUAGCACAUCUAUUGAUUGUUAUUGCUACCGUGUAA